AUGGGGAACCCAAGAUUGAAGCUUGAACAGCCAGACACCAAAAGGCCUCAAAGUCUGUCAACAUGCAGCAGUGGAAGAAGAAGCGGCGACUCCAACUCGCCGGAAUUCGAGUUUUGGAUGGUGAGAAACCCAUCUUUCCCUCAACCCAACCUCCUCUCCGCUGACGAGUUGUUUGCCGACGGCGUUCUUCUCCCUCUCCACCUCCUCCACAACCAAAACUCCGACGAUCCACCGGAUACAAACCCUGAACCACCCAACUCAGACCCACCACCGCAAAAACCUGAACCCAACUCAGAACCCAGUUCAGGCCCUGAGUUAUCAACUUCAGCAGCCAACUUGUCAUCCAACACAUUGUCUCCUUCAAAGAGAUGGAAAGACAUAUUCAAGAAGACAGAGAAGAAGAAUCUGCCUAGAAGCAACGAGGAGAGAGAAAAAGAGAAAGACAAGAAAAAAGAGCGAAAGAAUGCUGGCGGUAAUGGCAAUAACGGUGCAAGCUCGGCAGAGCUGAAUAUAAACAUAUGGCCGUUUUCUAGGAGUAGAUCGGCCGGGAAUGGUGGUACAAGGCCGAAGAUGGCCACCGGAUCGGCGGCGUCUCGGAAGGUGAGUAGUGCACCGUGUUCGAGGAGUAACUCAGCUGGUGAGUCCAAGUCCAGGAAGUGGCCGAGUAGCCCGAGUCGUGGUGGGGUCCACUUGGGCCGGAGUAGUCCGGUUUGGCAGGUCCGGCGUGGUCCUCCUGGUGGGAAGAGCUCCGGCUCCGAGGCUGUAAUCAGGAACGCUGAAAAGGGUGUUAAAAAAGAAGGAAAUGAAACUUCCAGGAUCAAAACCACCGCCACAGCCGGCGGCGGCGUCUGUGUAGGUGGUGCGGCUAAGCCUAAGGUUUUGAAUUUAAAUGUUCCGAUGUGUAUUGGGUACCGACAUCAUUUGAGUUGUAGAAGUGAUGAGAACAGUGCAGUCGGUGUCACCGCCGUGGCUGGUGACACCGGUGGUGGUCAGAGUGGCGGAGGAGUAUCCGGUGAUGGUGGGCGCGGCACCAAUCUGUUUAACUUGCGAAGCCUCUUCACUAAAAAAGUUUAUUAA